AUGGGCCGAUCAUCCUUGACCAAGCUUUAUAUCCUAAGCGAGAAAGCUAAGAAUAACAACAAAUCGCAUAUUUGCCUCAUGGCUGCAAUGGACUGCCGUAAUAAUCCAACAUGCAGUCUCGAAAGUCGGACUCUUCUCCGGAACCACCCACCGUCCUCCUCCACAAUCGGCUACAACCCAUCACAGUCUACUAUCCGCUACAAUCACUCUCACCAAAGAGAAAUGGCGACCAAUCAUAAUGACACCCACGAUGCGGACGAAGAGAUGGGGAAUGUCCCCGCCCUCCCCACCGCUGCCUCGCAGGACACCGAGAUGUCCGACGCGGCACUGCUAGACCUACCAGAUACCCAUGUCUAUCUCAAUGUUAUUGUCCAGUACGAACAGUCCAGUACGAACAAUUCUAGGUACGUCGAACAUGUUUCGCCAGUUAUGGAAAGGAGAGACUCUUUGCUUUAUGAGUCCGAUAAACCCGUAUUCGAAAACGAUUAUCAUUAACUUUGAAGAUGUCGACUCGACUGAGACUGACAGUGCUCCUGCACUGGUGCAUUUCUUUACUAUAAAAAUGCACUACUCUCAAGGGGAUAUGGACAAAGCUCUUUGGAGAGUCAAGAGUGUUAUCCAACAGAUGCAUAUACCAAGUAUAUUCCUUCCUGAACCCUCAGUGCUUACCGGGCGGGCGGUAAAAUUUCAGACGUGUGCCAAUUAUUGUUGGAGAAGUGAGAAGGGCAAGUGGUGCAGCUUGCACACAAAAGUUUGGCUGAAAGGGGCGGCGUGGUUGGAGAAGACAGAAGAGGAG